AUGCCUACAAAGUCUUUCGGCAACUUUCUUCUCAUCCCCUACUCUCUUUGUUUUGUUUAUAUUAUUUUUUUACGUUUCGUCCUCUUUCUUUCAUCCUAUUUCCCUUGCUAUUUGCUGCUACUACUUAAUUCUCGGGCUCAUUCUUGGGCUUUUAUUUUCUCUUUCAUUCAACUUUCAUUCCUCCUCCUUCUCUUCUCUUUCUUCCAUUCUUAUCUCUUUUUGAAACUUCUUCCCUUUUACUUCUUUCAAAUCUUUUUUCUUUAUAUUAAUAUUGAUCGAUUUAACCGUUUACACUUUUUCUUUUCUCAUUUUUUGCUCUUUUUCUUCUCCUUUCCUUAUCCUUCAUUUCAUCUAUUCUUAUUCCGUCUUUUCGCUUUCAGUUUUUCCCUUGCUUUCUUAAAUUUUGAUUUUUCUUUCUUUCUGAUACUUUCUUCCUUUACGCUUUCUACAGAUCUCACAUUGCAAAUCAAUAAAAAGGAAUUAUGUGGUGAUUCUUCUAAAAUUAUUUCUUUCAUUCUUUCGGUACUUCUUACAAUUUGUAAACCAAGGCUAGUUCGGGACAAGCUCAAUCGCUAUUUCUCUUUUUCUUUUUCUCACGCUUCACCUGCCAUCGAUUUACUAUAUCUGCCUCUAUCCUGCUUGUUUAAUUUCUUUGUUUUUCUUUUACAUUUUUCUAAUAUUCAUUUUUCUCCUUUUCCUUUAUUUUAUUUUUUAUACAUUUAUUUUCUAUUUCUCCUUUGUUUUGUUCAAUUCGAUUACCCAUUUCUUUUUGUCACUAUUCUUUUCUUUUCAUUUCUUUUGUUAUCUUCUUUGCUCUUCCGUAAUUUAUUAAUUUCGUUUUUCAUUUCCGCUUUCAUUCUUUCAUUUAUUCUUGAUUCAUUUUCUUUUAUUCAUUUUUCUUUGAUUCAUUUUCACUCGUAA